CACGAAUCUCGGCGCAAUGGAGACGAUCCGCGGCGUUUGACGUGAACGAGAACGUCGAAAUUAUCUCGAAAAUACCCCCCCGGACACUGCAAUGGCGGACGAGGAGCUACCAGCAGGUUGGGAGAAACGUCUCAGCAGAUCGACCGGUCAACAUUAUUAUUUAAAUAUUUAUACUAAGGAGAGUCAAUGGGAUAGGCCAGAUAAACCUGCGGAUCCAUCUGGUAAUGGCAAAGCAGAUGGUCCGGAAGAAGUGCAAUGCUCUCAUCUACUUGUAAAACAUUCAGGCUCUCGACGGCCUUCCUCCUGGCGAGAAGAGAAUAUUACUAGGUCAAAAGAAGAAGCUCUUGAACUUGUUAAAUCUUAUAGAGAACAAAUCGUAUCCGGUAAAGCAACGUUUGCCGAACUCGCUUCCAAGUACAGCGAUUGCAGUUCGGCGAAGCGUGGCGGUGACCUUGGGCCCUUCAGUCGGGGCACAAUGCAGAAGCCUUUUGAGCAAGCGGCAUUCACGCUGAAGGUAGGCGAGUUGUCUUCGCCUGUGCACACAGAUAGCGGAAUUCACAUCAUCCAGCGGACUGCAUAAGCCAGCAGAGCUCAAAAUAAAUUGCCGAAAACUUGUGAGAAAUUUCUCUCUCUUAUCUUUCUCUUUCUCUCUUUCUCUUUGUCUAAUGUUAACAAUUGUAAAUUCAUACCAAUAGGUGUUCUCCCAACAUCAUACAUUGAUCGUUGCGGUAUAUAUCUUAUUUAAAUCAGAAUUUGACAUUUCAAACCAAGCAUUUUUUUAGACUUGAUUUUUUAAACUAGAUUUAAAUGUAAAAUUAUUCUUAUAUUUUUCUCUUUUGUUGAUAAUUUUCUGUUUUGCAAUAGGAUAAUAGUUAAUUAACGGUGUAAUCAAAGAAACUUUGAGGCGUCAUUAAUAUUUUAAGUAUGAGAGUACAUGCAUCACAAUAUCAUUGAUAGGCGCUGGGAUAUUAAUAUUGACAACUAUUAACAUUAGGAGAAAUAUAAUAUUUGAAUAUGCUUUGGAGAAAUCCAUUAUUAUUAUCUUAUCUCAGGAUGUAGGGAUUGUUUAAUGUUAAAUGUAUCUUCCAGCUUGAUGAAAGUUAAAACUUGGACUGCACAAUUAAUUAUUGUCUAAUAACUUUAUAUAAUCGUUAUUAGUAUAACAAUGAAAAUUAAUAACAAUGAAAUAUUAAAGAUUGUCAUGGCAGUUUACUUUUAGCAACAAAACUAUUGUAUUGUAAUAUUGAUUAUAUAUUAUUGAUUGGCCAACUUUUAAUCAUAUUUAUGGUAAAGUUUCACUCUUUUAUUGUAUUUUAUUUAUUUGCAAUUUAAAUUAAUGACAAUUGAAUCAAUUAUAAUUAAGUUUAACUAAAAUUACAUUGCAUUUAUUCAGAGAAAAUACACUUUAUUAAUCAAAUAUUAAUAGUAAAGUUUAUCUUUAUGUAAAUUUUUAAAUACAUUGAUAGUAAUCCAAAGUGUACACAAUACCUUAAAUAUUUUAAUAAAAUGUUUUGCAUGUUUCAAUUUUGAAAUAUAAUAAAUAUGCUUUUUUAAUUUUUUUUUUAUUAUAAUCUUCUAUUCUUAUGUAAUAUUCGAUGCAUUUGAUGCAGUAUGAUAUGUACUUCAACAUUUCAACAAGCAUUUCUAUUGCCCCAUGUUAAUAGAAUCAUAAAUCUUGAUUUAUUUUUAAUUCGAUAUUAAUACAAUAACACAAUGUUGAGAAAAAAAAUCACGGACGACUGAAAAAAAGAUAUAUAAAUCUUUAUUUCCAAAAAAUACCAUUUUCAAUUCGAGGAUGACAAAUAGACAAGUAAUAAAAAAUCUAUUUCUUUCAAUAAAUCAACAAAUUGUGUGCAUAAAGAAUAAAUUAAAAAGAAAAGAAAAUAUAUAGAGAUGUUUUAUCUGUCCACAUCCUGAAAGACAGAAAUUUUUGAAGAUGAUUAGUUUUGGAAAUAAAUAUAUAUAUGUACAACUUUUUACAACGUUAUGUUAUGAAACAAGUUUUAUGAUAUAUGAGACAAGUACAAUUGGGGCAAUUUCAGAGUAUCAUUUUUAGCUAUGUUACAUAAAUUAAUGUAUUAUACGUGAAUUUACUAUUAGGAUUCCAUACACAAGAUGAUUUAUGCUUAAAUGUAUAUGUAGCAAAGGGAUAACGUAUAUAUUUUAAGCUUUACAAAAUUUUAAGUGUAACUUUGAGAUAUUUGCUAAUAACUUUACAUGAUAGAUAUCAAUACAUGAUAGCUAGAUUCAUUUGAAUGGUUUGUUUUGUCUCUCUCUCUCUUUUACUUUUCUUUUGAUUUAUAGUAAGAUAUUUGUCUAGAUAAAAUUGAAUAUUUCUAAGUACAUGUGGUAUUAUGGAAUCUUAAAAGAUUGAUAUAUAUUUAGUAUUUUAUAAAUUACUUGAAUGUGACAAAACAUCAUUCUUUUGAAAUUAGUUAGCGAAAAUUUAAUGUUGCUUUGAUUUCUCGAGUGUUAAUGCAGAAUAUCAUAGAAAUAUAUACAAAAUGCGAAAAGAUUAAAAAGACUUGUAAAACCAUAUGCAAUAUUAUCACAUAAACGUGUGCAGCUACUUUAAUGACUCAUGACUAGUUAUCUUCGGUCAAAUCAUUUACUUGUAGGAAAUAAAUGUUACCGUUGAUGUUAAUUAAACUAUCAUUUAAAGCACAUAUGAUGCUGAAUUUAACAAUUUGUAAUCUUCGGAUAUGUGUAUAAUCAUAUACAUUAAUUACUAUUA